GCCACCCGUAAAGAAAGAAAACAAAAAAGGUCAAAAAACCAAACCAGAAUCAUUUGCUUGGAGGACGAAGAAGAAAGGUUGCAUACAGAAGAGAAGAGAAACCUCAGUUUUGACCUCGUAAAACCCGUCCUUUCUGUAUUCCAGUCUCUACUCAAUGUGAACUCCAUAGAAAAUCAAACCCCACCAAAAAAAAACCCACCAGAUCCAUCUCUCUCUUCCAAUAAUAAACCAACCCACCCCACAACAGUCAGAUCAUCCAUAACCCACCAAAACCCACUUCAAUUUCCUCAAAUUAAGAAACACCCACCACCCAUAAUCUCUCCAAUUGGGUCCUAACCGACCGAUCUGAUCUAACUCAGGCGGUGGCGGUAACGAUGGCGGACAUAGUGAAACAGAUCUUAGCGAAACCCAUCCAACUAGCCGACCAUGUAGUCAAGUCCGCCGACGAGGCCAGCUUCUUCAAGUCCGACUGCACCGAGCUCAAGUUCAAGGCCGAGAAGCUCGCCGCGCUGCUCCGCCAGGCCGCACGCGCCAGCAACGAACUCUACGAGCGCCCCACGCGCCGGAUCAUCGAAGACACAGAACAAGUACUCGACAAGGCCCACGGGCUGGUCCAGAAGUGCAGGGCCCACGGGCUCGUGAAGCGGGUGUUCACGAUCAUACCGGCGGCGGCGUUCAGGAAGAUGUCGGCCCAGCUGGAGAACUCGAUCGGGGACGUGUCGUGGCUACUGCGCGUGUCGGCCAGUGAUGGCGGCGAUGAGUACUUGGGGCUGCCGCCGAUCGCGGCGAACGAGCCGAUUCUCUGCCUCAUUUGGGAGCAGAUCGCAAUUUUGUCUACCGGGAAGCUUGAGGAUCGGGCCGACGCCGCAGCCUCACUCGUAUCGCUCGCGCGCGACAAUGAGAGGUAUGGGAAGCUGAUUAUCGAAGAAGGCGGAGUUGCGCCGCUACUGAGGCUAGUGAAAGAAGGCAAAGUAGAAGGUCAAGAGAAUGCAGCUCGAGCUAUUGGGCUUCUGGGCCACGACCGAGAAAGUGUUGAACAGAUGAUUCAAGCGGGCGUGUGCCAAGUGUUUUCGAAAAUCCUCAAAGAUGGUCCAAUGAAAGUUCAGGCCGUUGUAGCCUGGGCAGUCUCAGAACUCGCAGCCCAUCACUUCCCUUGCCAAGACCUCUUUGCCCAACACAACAUAAUCCGGUUACUUGUUAGCCACCUCGCUUUCGAAACCAUUCAAGAACACAGCAAGUAUUCCGUCACCAGCAAAUCACUCCAUGCCAUUGUGGUUGCAACCAACAAAUCUCCAAAUGGUUAUUCAAAUGGUUAUUCAGAUGGUUAUUCGAAUGGUUAUUCUAAUGGGUCACACAACCUCAGCAAGCCAAGUUUGAAUGGGAACACCGAGGUGGAUGAUCCAAUGAGUCACGGUAAAACCCAACAUCCGUUGGGUAAUAAAGAAACUCAUCAGAUGCACAAAGUGGUUUCCACCACAAUGGCUGUCAACAACCAGUCUAAGUUGCAACAGAGUAAUGGCGUAAAUCCAACCAAUCAAGCCAAACAUGUGAGAACCAACAGUAGUCAUUCGCUUUCUGGGGCUAUAACAAAAGGAAGAGAAAAUGAGGAUCCGGAAACAAAAGCCUACAUGAAAGCAAUGGCAGCAAGAGCCCUAUGGCACCUAGCAAAAGGGAACUCACCCAUUUGCCGAAGCAUAACUGAAUCAAGAGCCCUUUUGUGCUUUGCAGUACUACUGGAAAAAGGACCUGAUGAUGUGAAGUACAACUCUGCCAUGGCCUUGAUGGAGAUCACUGCAGUGGCUGAGAAAGAUCCGGAUUUAAGGAGAUCGGCAUUCAAGCCCAAUUCACCCGCUUGCAAGUCAGUUGUGGAUCAAGUACUGAAUAUCAUCGAAAAGGCCGAUUCUCAUUCGGAACUUCUUAUACCAUGUAUGAAGUCCGUUGGUAGUCUGGCUAGGACUUUUCGGGCAACUGAGACGAGGAUGAUCAGCCCAUUAGUGAGACUUCUAGAUGAGAGAGAAGCAGAGGUUUCUAGGGAAGCUUGCAUUGCCUUGACAAAAUUUGCCUGUAAUGAGAACUAUCUCCACCUUGAUCACUGCAAGGCUAUUAUAGAUGCCGGUGGAGCAAAGCACUUAAUUCAGCUAGCUUAUUUUGGAGAGCAAAUUGUGCAGAGUCCUUCGGUGACUCUGCUUUGUUACAUUGCAAUGAAUGUUCCAGAUAGUGAACAAUUAGCCGAAGCCAAGGUGCUUACUGUGCUUGAAUGGGCAUCGAAGCAACCUCUAUUGGCACAAGAUGGAGCUAUUGAGGCAUUGCUGCAAGAGGCCAAAUGCAGGUUAGAGCUUUAUCAGUCCAGAGGAGAUUCGAGGCGAUUCCCUUGAUUCAAUCAACCUUUCAAAUUGCAUGUUGUUAGGUGAACUUUUUGUUUGCCAUUUUUUUUCCUUUUCCUUUGUUUUUAUUCCCAUUGAGUGUACAUACAAUUUGUUCUAUGCAUUUUUUUAGAGGUUAUAACAUGUUCCUUUUUCUGGUAA